AUGGCCACUAUGGCUCUGCAUCAAAUUGGCCUCAUGCUCCUGCUUGUGCCUGGAAUCGUAACUCUGGACUGUAAUGAGAUUGUGCAGUCUCAAAAGACUGAGAACGGGAAGACCAUAAAGCUCCUGGAAGCCAUAGGAGGUGGACAACAGCUUCCUCUCGAGUGCUUCUAUGAAAUGCCAGACUUUGGCUUCCCCGGGGAAAGAGUCCUCAGGUCCAGCAAAGAAGAUGCAAGAGCAGCAAUAGUGUUUAUCCUUGAGCAGAUCCAAGGCGUAUUUUGGCACAACUUCACCCAAGCUGAUUGGAACGUGUCAGUCGCAGAUCUUUUCCAAAAGGUCGUGGACCAACAAAUGAUACAGUGGAAGAAGUGCUCUGUGGCUGAGACCGGGGAGGAGGCAACAUUUAAAGAUCCCCGGCUAAGACUCAGACUGAAGAGGUACUUUAUCAAAAUCCACACGUUCCUGAAAACCGAAGAAUACAGCCUUUGUGCCUGGGAGGCUGUGAGAAGCAACGUUUUGAGCGAUUUCAUUGUUCUUGAUCAACUUCUGAAAAGUCUUCAUAACUAG